UCAACGCAAACAAAACUAUGUCAAAAUUAAUACUAAAUUUCUUGUAAAAACAACAACAAUUCAUUGAGCAAAUUUAACAGUUAUCCAUGAACUCUUUUUAUAUCGUGAUACAGUGAAUAUAAACGCGAUGGCUGAAAAGUCUGCUGAGGCAAGUCCCAGUGAGGCUAACACACCAAAAUGUGAGGAGAGACCAUCGGGCAACUGGUGGGACAGCUGGAUUACAUCUGCAAAGACCAAGGUAAAUAAAAACAGCAGCUCCGAAGUGUACACUAUGGUGAAAAAAGAUCUGGACGAAAUUGGCAGCGCGGUGAAGAGUGAAGCCAAUCACGUCUUCAGUACCACAUCUAAUGUCAUUGGGAAAACAUUCAAGUUGGAUGUACCUGAAUCGCCAGCAAAUGUGAUGAAGAAAAGCUUUAGCACUUUUAUUGGUCAAGUGAGCACAGUGUUAAAUCCAGAACCAGAUGAUGACGAUGAUACAGAGGUCAUCCUGUCCUCUGGAGACACAACAAUGCUCACAACAUACAAGAAAGAAUUAGAAGCUCUCCAACGGGUGGACGCGACGUUCAUAGUUCCAGCAUGUACUCCCGAGUUCGAGGCGUGGCGAUCCAGCCUCGAGAACACGGAGUACGGGGUCAUAUCCAAUGCGACAGCAGUGCGACGUCUCGAAAGCAGCCCCGUACUCAAGUCACAGUACGAGAAGCUCGUACCAGAUGCGGUCACACACGAUGAGUUCUGGGAGAGGUACCUGUUCCGGGUGGCCUUACUUCAGGACCGGCUGGCGGCGGCGGCUCGCAAGCAGCCCAUUGAGGAGCCCACAGCGGACCCUGUGCUGGCCCAUCUACCCCUACAAACUCCCAUACAACAGGGUCCAAAAAAGGUACUAUCGGGUCUAGACAACGAGACUGUCUGCGAGGGUGCCGAUGCGGACAAUGGGGUCACCUGGGAGGAUGAAGAUUUCGCAAACGACGUAGAACUGACAGAGGAGCAACAGACAUUACUUCUAGAGGAAUAUGAAAAGGAGAUUUCAUCCAAAAAGACAAUUAAACAGACAUCUCCACGCGAUAUAACCAAUAACAAUGCAGGGAAGAAAACAAAGACUCAAGCCAGAGACAAAAUGAACAAUAAACAAGUUAUAAAUAAGAAAAAUGGCGGCUCGCCUAAGAAAAAUAAAGCUGAUGAUUGUGGUAAUAAUAUAGUAGAAGAUUAUUUCGGGGAUAAAGAAGUAAAGGACGACGCUAGCGCGAAUUCAGACGAAAGUUGGGAAAAAGAGUUUGAAAUCGAGGACGUUGAACAAAAAGCCUGAACGUCCAUUUCCGGCCAUAGAUAAUCUUUUGAACGACAUUGACGCCAUUUCAAAGUCCAUAUCCUGCUAUAUUACUAAUUAUUUGGACUGGUAACAAUUUGAGAUCGGAUUAUAUAUAACCUUAUUGUAAGACUUAGCUAUAAUGUAUAACUACGCAUUUUUUCCAAAUUUAUAUAUAUUUAUUAAAUUUACUUAUAUUCUAUACAUUUAUUCGCGAGAUUAAAAUGGCGUAAUGGCGAACAAAAGUAUACUAAAAGUAUUAUAAAUGAAUUUCGAAUUAUUAAUAACGUCGGCCACGCCACUAAUUAACUGAUGUAUGAAAUUAUAGCUACGUUAUCAUACACUUAUUAUACAUUUAGUAUGUUUGUUUUAGUAACUUUAAAUUGUUAAGAAUAUAUGUAAAACUAAAUUAGGUGUCUAAGUACUCUGUCCAAACCUUUUGGACUGUUUUCUUUAUUUAAGGAAAUCAUCUGCAUAAAAAUUAACUGCA